AUGUCAGACUCCCAAUGGCUUUGGGAUCCCUUGAGUAUCUGUGAAAUGGGGCCCCUUAGGGUAACUAAGACCUGUUGUGGUAUUACCAAGAAAGGAGAUGCUUGCAAGCUGAUCGUGAAGAAAGAGACCCUCAAAGAAGGUCGCCACAAGUUGAACAACCUAGCACGACGCCCAUUUGUUCUUUCUACACUUGACUCCCAGCUAAGCGACCUUGUGUCACUCUUCCUCUGCAAACAAUGGCAUCGAGAGCGUCAGCACAUUGAUGUUAAACAGCGGUGGUUCGAUGCAGCCGUGCGUAAUCAGGCCGAUGCACAAGAAGCCCCACGCCAGCGUUUUCCACAAAUUAUCCCGGAAGAAAUCGACGGAUCGCAACAGGAACCAGCCAGCACAGCCUUAGAGAUAGAUGAGUUUGCUCCUAUAUAG